UUGUUGUAAGAUUCGCUGAGUAAAGAAGUUGAGAGACGACGGAAAUGGAAGGGAAUGUCGUUGAGGCUGCAGAUCGUGGACAGUGGGAUAAAGUGAAGGACCUAGUGGACAGGGGAGGUGACGUCAAUAUACGGGAUGGAGAUGGAUGUACAGCUCUACACCAUGCGGCUGAUCAUACUAAUGUAGAGAUGUGUAAAUUUCUACUUGGUCGUGGGGCGGACGUCGCUGCUCGAGACAAAUAUGGCAAACGUCCUUUACAUUACGCAGCUGGAGAUUGUCUUGUUGAUAUUGUGCAGCUGCUUGUGGAUCAUGGAGCUCAUACCAAUGUGGUAGAUAAGGAUGGAGAUACACCACUACAUGUAGCAUGUAUGGAAGGUAAUAUCAAGUCUGCUCGUUUGUUACUUUCCUGUGGUGCUAGCUCUUGUGCUUCUAACAAUGAUGGAAAGACGCCACUACAUUGUGCAGCUGGUAGAUGGACAGAGUGUGUAGAAUUAUGUGACAUUUUACUGACUCAUGAUGCUGACAUUCAUGCAGCAGACAAAUAUGGGAACCAGCCACUACAUCUAGCAUGUAUGAAAGGUAAUAUCAAGUCUGCUCGUUUGUUACUUUCCAGUGGUGCUAGCUCUUGUGCUUCUAACAAUGAUGGAAAGACGCCACUACAUUGUGCAGCUGGUGAAUGGAAAGAGUGUGUAGAAUUAUGUGACAUUUUACUGACUCAUGAUGCUGACAUUCAUGCAGCAGACAAAUAUGGGAACCAGCCACUACAUGUAGCAUGUAUGGAAGGUCAUAUCAAGUCUGCUCGUUUCUUACUUUCCAGUGGUGCUAGCUCUUGUGCUUCUAACAAUGAUGGAAAGACGCCACUACAUUGUGCAGCUGGUGAAUGGAAAGAGUGUGUAGAAUUAUGUGACAUUUUACUGACUCAUGAUGCUGACAUUCAUGCAGCAGACAAAUAUGGGAACCAGCCACUACAUGUAGCAUGUAUGGAAGGUCAUAUCAAGUCUGCUCGUUUCUUACUUUCCAGUGGUGCUAGCUCUAGUGCUUCUAACAAUGAUGGAAAGACGCCACUACAUUGUGCAGCUGGUGGACAGACAGAGUGUGUAGAAUUAUGUGACAUUUUACUGACUCAUGAUGCUGACAUUCAUGCAGCAGACAAUAAUGGGAACCAACCAUUACACAUAGCAUGUAAGGAAAGUAAGAUUGAAAUUGCAAAAGUGUUGAUAUCUCAUGGAGCAGAUGUAGUUGCUAUUAAUGGACAGAACUUAUCACCUUUGCAUUUAGCAGCACAACAUUGUGGGAAUCAUCCUGACUUGUGUUUAGCUCUUUAUAGGGCAGGAUUGACCUCAAUUCAGACUGAACACAUUUGUCAAGCUUUGGAAUUUGCAUUCAGGAAAAAAAAGCAACUUACUGGUUGGGUGUUGAGUAAGAUCUCUACAAUGGCAAAAAUAUCUGUUUCUGAAAAUUUGUCCAAAUGGAUUGACAGGAUGGAUGUUGAUAAAUUGCUUGUAACAGCAUUUUGUAGAGAGCAAAUGGACACGUUUAUGUUGUUGAUAGAAAAUGGUGCAAGUGUAAAUGGACUCACAUUAGCAGUUAAAGAAGGACAAUUUAACUUGUGUAAAUUAUUGAUUGAGCAAGGAGCAUCAGUUAAUGCUAAGGGUUACAAGUAUAAAGAACCACCUAUACAUUAUGCUCUUACAGGAAACAAAACUGAAAUUGUGAAGCUUCUUCUUUCCCAUGGUGCAGAAUUCAUGGAAGUUAAAGUUAGAAACAGAUCAGCAUUAGAACGCUCACAGACAACAGGAAGUCGCACAGUGGCAAGAAUAUUGAAUUGUGCAGCUUCUUAUCCUGAAGAGAUUGUAUCUCAAGGAGAAGCAGCAAUGCGUAUCUACGAUGCUGCAUGUAAUGAAGAAAAUGCAGUGACUGUAUUUUUGCGUGUUGAUGUUGUCGGUCGUGAUGGUGCUGGAAAGACAAGCUUGACAAAGUCGAUCACUCUCAUGAAGUUUGACCAGUACGAGCCGAGCACAAGAGGUGUCAUUCCAAUGAGUCGCAUUAUCAUGAAAGAAGCACGUAACUGGACUGUUCCUGUCACCAGUGAACAUUACAGAGAUCUGUACGACAAGAACAUCACGGCAGUUAUGGCAGAGGCUUUCAAUAAACCAGAAGAAAAAGAUAAGUUUUUGACAUUGGCAAGAGACAAGAAGACGAGCACACGUAAACGAAAUAGUAAGACAUCAGUGAAGUCCAGUUCAAAGCUGAUGGCAAUAGCAAGUCCCACUGAUGGGCAAAGAGACGAGCAAUCAGAUGAUAUGUCAAUGAACGGUGGUGACAAUCUACUUGAGCAGCCUGUUGCUAUGAGGUUAGAAGAGGUCAGUAAUGAGCGACAACUUUCAGAAUCUUUAGAUUUAAAUGAUGAGAGUGCACAUGUGAGUGGUGAUGUAACUGGUGAAGACAGAGAGACAAGAGAACGAUCAACAGAGAUGUGUUGUAGUUCAGGUAGUGUAAGAGACAAUGUUGAAGCACAAGUAGAAUCAGUAGCAGGUGUUAGUUCAGAGACUGUAGUAGUAGCCGUUGAUACUGAUAGUUCAGAAAAGAGUGAAGCAAAGAAGAGAAGAAAUGUACAAAGAAGAAGAAGAAGGAAGAAGAGAGCGAGUAAGAUGAAGACAUCUGAUAAGCGACCAUCACGACAAUCUCGUCAGACGGUGACGAGUAGAAAGAAGAGAAAGAGAACUUAUCAACUAAGUUCACAAUUCUCCUCGGACGUGCAGUCGUCGACAUCUACAGAUUGUUUGUUGGAAGACACACAACAAGAUCAGACACUAUCAAAACGAGGCAAGAAAUCUAAAUUGAAAGAGUCACGUGGUCAGUCACAGUGUUCAGGCUCGGCAGCAGCUUCUGUUAAUAGUGAGAGCAAGGCUGAUGAGUCAAAGGAUAUACCCGAAGGCAUCAAAAGAAGAGUGACCGACUAUCUGAGAAAUAGUGAAUCUCUUCGGAAGGCCAAAGAUGAAAUCAUGGUCACCAUCUUAGAUUAUGCCGGUCAGCAUGUGUUUUACACAACACAUCAGCUUUUCCUCUCUCGAGCUGCUUUCUACUAUGUGGUGUUUGAUGCUUCUCAACCAUUGGGUAGCCAGACGGCAUCGGUAUUUCGUAAACUUGAUGGCAAAGUAGAAUACAUGGGUGACAUACCUGAUGCUACAAACUACGAACGAGUUGAAGAAUGGAUAUCAGCCAUUCACAUUAUGGAAGCCGAGUCGUCAUAUUUCAUGAUAUUUGAGAAUGUAGGCAUACGAUCACCUGGAAUCUUCCUUGUUGGUACACAUGCUGAUGUACUACGAGAAGAGGAAGGGAUGUUGGAGAAGCAAGACGAGUUCAUGAAGAAGAAACUGCAAGACACAGAGCUGUCAGAGCACAUCAUAUGGGCAUCUAAAGACAGAAUGUGUUUCUAUGUCGAUAACUCGAUGACGGAUGCAGACAGUGGUGCUGUAGAUCCACAAGUACAGUUGCUGUGUCGAAAGACAGAAGAGGUGGCACGUCAGGUUGCAAAACACGACAAGCUUCCAAUGACGUGGCUUCGAUUUAAAGAAGAGCUUCACCAGUUGAAAGAAAAGGAGACGACGAGGAAGGUCGUGUCUGUAGAGGAGUUGCUGCAACUUGCCCAAAGAGUUGCCGGUAUCAAGACCAAGAAAGAGUUCAUGGUAUUGCUGCAGUAUCUGAGUAAUCGUGCUGUUGUUCUUUAUCAUCCAAAAGCUUUGAAGAAUGAAGAGAGAGAAGUCGUUCUAGAUGUUGAGUGGCUGAUGUCUCAACUAGAAAAGGUGGUGACCGUUCACACAGAUGUGCCCUCGAUGUGGAUGAGGGAUAUGGCACGUUGUGCAGAGACAGGUAUCAUGACACAAGGAUGUCUCGACUACUUGUUACCAGACUCAUCGUGUCGUGGCAUCAUCAAGUCACUUCUGAAGUAUUAUGACUUGAUGUGUCCAUAUUUUGGACUGGAUGCCAACAGUUUGGAAUUUUGCAGUGAUCAACAGGAUUACGUCAACCUGAAAUUGCAGUCUAUUGAAAAUGAAGACAAGGCACAGUGUCAAGCAUAUUUUGUACCUUGCUUGCUACAGAAAAAGUCUUCACUCUUAUCUACAGAGAUACCCUACAGUCAUAAGACUGUUGCUCUUAUUUUACAUUCUGGUAAUAUUCGUAUGCCUAAGCCUUUGUUCUACCGUCUACUCACUCGGUUGGCAAAACGAUUUCGUCUUUUGCCACGAUUGUUUCAGAAUGUUGGCUACUUCAUUGUUUAUCACGACCACAAGCUGGAGAUUUCAUUAGACAAGCACAGUUUGCAGAUGAUUGUCUACACUGACCACAAGGAUCCUCUUCCAGCAGUAUGUGCUCUUGUCAAAGAUUUUGUUGUCACUUCAGUUGAUGAAGCUAAACUACAAGGCAUGUCAGGAUUAAAGCUGCAACUAGGUUACAUGUGGAGCAAUCCAGAUCACAUUGGAGCUGAUUCUGAAUUUGUGUCUCUGAAAGGAUGGAAUCAUUUACCAGAAACCGUGUAUGUUAAAUCACUGGACAAGGAAGUCAGACUUUCAGAAACCCUACAUGCUUGGUUUCCUGCAAAGAGUGAGUUUGCUAUUCUUUCGGAGCCUAAUAUGUACUUGGCACCUGAUACAAAAUUGCUACAUUCUGAGCAACCAAAGAGUUUGGUUCAAUGCCUUCGACUCUAUCCAAUUUACGAUGUUGUAUGUGCACAUUUGUGA